AUGGAUGCAGGAUUUGCAGAGCAAACAUCAGCCACACAAGAGCAACAAAUAUCCGCUGAACCCAUCAAUAUUAACAACAAUAAAUCAAAAUCAAUACAAACUACACCGAAACGUCGUCAGAUCCGUGUUCGACGUGGAAAUCGACCUCUUCGUCGAAAAUCAUCAUCCGCCAGUCUAUCGAAUGCAUCGACAGUACCCCCAUGUCAAUUUGAGGAAGAUGAUGACAUAGUAUUAAAAUUGAAUGGAAAACUAACUCAUAUGAUUGAAGAAGGGAAAGCGGCAUUAAAAAGCACAGUUGACGUGACAGAAGUCGAAAUGAUGCUUGCUGAAGCUGAAGAAAGAGAACGUGAAGAGCGUAUUAUGCGUGAUCUUGGUCAAUCAACUCGACGUCAUCGAAGAAUGGCCUCGUCGUCAUCAAGUGAUUACGAGUAUUUACCAAUUGAAUCUAACAGUUACCCAGGAAUUAGUUCUCAUAAUGAUUAUAGUGGGUUUAGUAAUUAUUCAAGUGGUGCUGAAUCUCCUUCCGGAUAUUCAACACCUGGUGGUUAUGGUAGUGCCGGUGGAUACACGCCAACAAGAUAUGGAUCACCUAGUAGCGGAUAUUUUGGCGGCGCAACUCUUGGUUCUGCAUUCAAUACUAGCACGCUUGGAUCAACACUAGCCACAUCUUCAAUGGGUCUUGGUCUAGGAGUUGCUUCAACAGCGUCAAAUCCUUACGGUACAACAGCCGCAUUCGGAUCACCAUUGAUUAGUUCAUCAUCAAAUACAUAUUCGGGUCUAGGAGGCGGAGGAUUAGGAGGAUUUUCAACAACCACAAAUUUCAGCUCUUUCUCAAAUUUUGCGUCUAAUUCAAAUGUUAACUCAUCACCAACUACCGCAUCAACGACGAAUUACAAUACGCGAAGAUUCUAUUAA